CGGAAGCAUCGCCUUAGUAUCGACCGAGCAGAUGAUAUGGUGAGGUGACGUGUCAUCUACGGUAAAAGCCAAUAGCAGCUUAACGUGCUGUGAGCAGCCAGUAGCAGGGCAGCGCAGAGAUGACGGAGUGCUUCCUGCCACCCAGUAGUAGCCCUGCAGAGCAACGGAGGGCGGAGCACCCAGGAGGCGUGGCUCGCACCCCCAGCUCAGAGGAGAUCAGCCCCACUAAAUUCCCUGGUCUGUACCGGACGGGUGAACCCUCGCCCCCACAUGAUGGCCUUCACCAUGAGCCCCCCGAUGCAGCCUCAGAUGACGACAAGGAGCACAGCAAGAAGAAGAAUAAGUUCAAAAAGAAGGAGAAACGCACUGAGGGUUACGCUGCCUUCCAGGAGGACAGCUCAGCCGAUGAAGCUGAAAGCCCAUCUAAGAUGAAGCGCUCUAAGGGCAUCCAUGUCUUCAAGAAACCCAGCUUCUCCAAGAAGAAGGAGAAGGACUUCAAGGUGAAGGAGAAAGUUCCUAAAGAGGAAAAGGCAAAAGACAAGAAGUCUAAAGACCUGACUGCUGCAGACGUCGUGAAACAGUGGAAGGAGAAGAAGAAGAAGAAGAAACCAAGUGCAGAGACAGAACCUGUUGCUGUGGAAACACCAGCGACACUCAGGCCAAUUUUUGGUGCUCCUUUGACGGAAGCAGUGAGGAGGACAGCACUGUAUGAUGGCAUCCAGCUUCCUGCCAUCUUCCGAGAAUGUAUUGACUACAUUGAGAGCUACGGGAUGAAGUGUGAAGGCAUCUACCGUGUCUCUGGUAUGAAGUCAAAGGUGGAUGAGCUGAAGGCAGCGUACGACCGUGAGGAGUGCCCGUGUUUGGAGGAAUACGACCCCCACACCGUGGCCAGCCUGCUGAAGCAGUACCUUCGCGAGCUGCCCGAUAACCUGCUGGGUCGUGAGCUGGCCCUGCGAUUCGAGGAAGCCUGUGGGCGGGCCACAGAGGCGGAGAAGCUCCAGGAGUUCCAGAGGCUGUUGUUGGAGGUACCAGCGGGGAGCAGACUCCUUCUGGCCUGGCUCAUCACUCACAUGGAUCACGUCAUUGCCCGUGAGGCUGAUACCAAGAUGAACAUUCAGAACAUAUCCAUCGUUCUAAACCCCACCGUACAGAUUGGGAACCGGGUUCUGUAUGUGUUCUUCACACACGUACGGGAACUGUUUGGAGACGUGGUGCUGAAACCAGUUGUCCGACCGCUACGCUGGUCCAACAUGGCCACUAUGCCAGCCCUACCUGAAACUCAAGAGAGCAUCAAAGAAGAAAUCCGCAGACAGGAGUUUCUGCUGAACUGUUUGCAUCGAGACUUGCAGGCAGGCGUGAAGGACUUGUCCAAGGAAGAGAGGCUGUGGGAGGUGCAGCGUAUCCUGACUGCCCUGAAACGCAAGCUACGCGAAGCUAAGAGACAGGAAUGUGAGACUAAGAUAGCCCAGGAGAUUGCCAGCCUGUCUAAAGAAGAUGUGUCUAAAGAGGAGAUGACCGAGAAUGAAGAGGAGGUGAUUAACAUCCUGCUGGCACAGGAGAACGAGAUUUUGACCGAGCAGGAGGAGCUGAUCUCUCUAGAGCAGGUCCUACGGAGGCAAAUCGCCACAGAGAAGGAAGAGAUUGAGAGGCUGCGUGCUGAAAUCGCUGAAAUACAGAGCCGUCAGCAGGGUCGCAGUGAGACGGAGGAAUACUCCUCAGACAGUGAAAGUGAGAGCGAGGAUGAGGAGGAGUUGCAGAUGAUACUGGAAGACUUGCAGAAACAGAAUGAGGAACUGGAGAAUAAGAACACUCAUCUGAAUCAGGCAAUUCACGAGGAGCAGGAGGCCAUUUUGGAGCUCCGCGUUCAGCUCCGCCUACUUCAGAGCCACAAGCUCCAACAGGAGCUGGCUGUUCCGACCACAGCGGACCAGGUCACGCCUACUCAACCCAGUCCGGAGGAACGGUCCAGAGCUGACGAGACCAUCAAACGUAACCCAGCAGUUGCCAUGGCUACCCCGGGAGACUCUGCUACAACAGUUCCAGCUAAUGGGAAGCCCGCUAAAGAUGCUCUGAAACCAUCGCCCAGUAAAGACAGGAGGGAGAAUAACCUGUAAUGACCAUCACUGAAUUAAAUUAACUGUCCUUCACUCACUGCUAAAGAUGUUCUCAAACCAUCGCUGAGUAGAGACAGAGGGAGAGGCCAACCUGUAUUGACCGUCAAUGAAUUAAGUCAGCUGUCCCUCACUCACUGCUAAGCUUACCAAGUCUCACCAUCUUGAUUUUGCCAUAUGACUGUGGCACUUAGAGAUCUGGUUAUCAGCUAGGCAUUACAGUCGCUAUAAAGCCGCAGUGUUUCAGUUAAGCUUUGAUGCUGGGACCAUUGUUUGGAAGGACAACACUGCUACCACACUAAAAAAAGACUGGUAGGUUAGCAGAGGGAUGGUGUGAACAAAAUGGGUGAAAAAGACAGACAUUUAGGUCAAAGAAAAUGAGGCAAUCCUUAUGAUAGGUCUUAUACUGAGAGAAAGUUUGUGUUUUUUGUCGUUAAUUUCCAAAUGAAGGGUAAACUAAAGAGCUUCUGAGCUCUGUUUAAAUGCAAACCAGUGUCUAGAAAGUAAAAGUGCCACCUUGUUUCUCUGCACAUUGACAUUAAAGUAUAUUUCCAGUGAAACUGCUGUGCCAUAAAUAACAGUGCAGAUGCACAGAGGAAAUCUAUCAAAGGCACACCCGAGGCAAGGAAGUUAGAACAUCUACAUUAUAUAUUUGUUCAAAGUAAUCUAACAGAAAUCCGUUUUGACCAUUUGUAUUUAAUUAUGUAAAUUAAUGAUCAUAUACUGUAUAUUGAUAUUGUAACUGCACUUGUGUUGUGCACAUGCACAGCUACAGAUUUGUGGGUGUUGGAUGUAGUAACAGACAAUAGAUGGUUGUAGAUUCUUAGGAAAUACAUGUCCGUUUGUGUCCAUAUAGUUAUUUAUGAAGCCUUUAUUAUAUCCAUACUGUUCUGACUUUUGCCACAAUCAUUCUUUGGCAUUACAGCAGUCUCAUGGAGGCUGAUACUGAAUGUUUUAGCUUACAAAAAUUAAACUAAAUUGUGUUUCCAUAAAAUUUGGUAGAAAUUGUUUUUCCUUAUUUGGUUAUUAUACAUUGUUCCUAAUGUCUUACCGUGUUUUGAUCCAUUACAACAGUUUAUUAAAGUUUUUGCAUCUUAUUCAAUUGUGCUUUCAAUUACACAUUUCAGUCCUUCCAGGUCAUAACUUUGUCACAUGUCCUUGACAGAACAGAAAGUACAUCUCUCUGUUCAAACUGUUUUAUCUCUUUAAGUUGCUUUUUCAUUAGCUUCGCCCUCUUAUAGUUUCUCUGACAGAUUAUGUGUACAAAGUAGACUGAAAUACUCGUAUUUUAGUGAUAAUCAAGAGCACUUUUUACCCAUCUUUAGAUGACUUUCCUCUUCUUUUUACUGAUGCUGUCUGGUAUGACUGAGUCAGUUGCGACACUGAAAUGCUGUAUAAACAAAGUCAGAGCCUGUCAACCCAA